AAUGUGAAAGAUUUGCUUGCACUUACUAAAAGAUUUAUUCCCCUUUUUAUAUAUCAAUUAUUUAAUAAUAUCGUUAGAAUCAAUCUCUCUCUCCCUGUCAUCUAUAUUCGCCCUCAAUCUUGGUAAACAACACAAUGACUGAAACAAUGACUUCCCACAAUCUCAAUCUCAGUCUUACGCCCCUAUCUCCAGAGACUACAAGAAUAAAGACAACAAGCAGAACAGAGUAUAAAGCGGGAAAACCAUGGAUUGAGACUCCACUUAUAGAGUCUGCAAUCUUGUCUAAGAAGGCUGGUUGCAGAAUAUUUCUAAAACUAGAAAACCUCCAACCUAGCGGAUCAUUCAAAUCACGAGCAAUAGGCUCCCUAAUCCUAUACCACAUCAACGAUCCUCUCAACGCCAACAAAAAAUUACACUUCUUCAUAAAUUCAGGCGGUAACGCCGGACUAGCGGCUGUCUGUGCCGCGAGAUCCCUAUCGUAUCCGUGUACAGUGGUCCUGCCGCUUUCCACGUCUCGACUCAUGGUUGAGAAAUUAUGUGCUGCGGGAGCAACGGAGGUGAUUCAAUACGGGGACACGAUUGCGGCGGCGGGGGAGUAUAUGAGAGAUGUUCUGAUCGGUAAUAACCAAGAAAGCGAGAAAGAAGAAGAAGAAGAAGGGGUGAAGAAGAUCGCGUUACAUCCCUUUGACCACGAGGCGAUUUGGGAAGGGAAUAGUUCUAUUGUCGAUGAAUUGGCGGAUCAAUUACCGCCUGCCGAUGAAGAGCUUCCGCUCGACGCAUUGAUUUGUAGCGUUGGUGGUGGCGGACUCAUGAAUGGCUUGAUACAAGGAAUCCAACGCCAUCGACGCCACCAACACAACAAAAAAGACGUGCAUAUUCUAGCAGUCGAAACGGAUGGAACUCAAUCCAUGAACCUUGCCAUCUCAUCCGGGACACUCGCCACAUUACCAAAAGUAACCUCUAUGGCUGUCUCGUUGGCUUGCGUACGCGUGUCGCAAAGGACGUUCGAGUAUUGUUGCGUGUCUCCGCCGGAGGGGAUCAGGAUUCAUUCUGCGGUGUUGUCGGAUGCAGAUGCCGCGAGGGGUUGUUUGAGGUUGGCGGAUGAGGAACGAAUACUUGUUGAAUUGGCUUGUGGUGUCUGUGUUGAGGCUGCUGUUGGGGAUGUGCAAGAGACAGGGAGGAAGAGGGGCAGGGAAGGUGAAGAUGAAGGGUAUGAAGAUCAGCCUGAGGCUAAGAGGAGAGCGUCAUUGUGUGCUUCGGAUAGUGGAGUUGCGUCGUCUUCUUCGUCUGACACCGAGAGUGAUAUACUCCUAUCCGAGCAAUUGACGACAUCAUACUUGAAAAGGAUGAUACCUGACCUCACGCCACAGAGUCGUGUGGUGAUUAUCGUCUGUGGUGGGAGUAACGUCACGACAGCCAUGGCGAAUGAAUGGAGAGAGAGACUUGCUAAUGGUUGGGUUUGA